AUGCCAAAGCGUUCUUCAGAGCUCUGCAGGCUUUGGCCUGCAAUUGCUAUGCUCUGUUGCUUGGUUCUUCCAUCAAUCUAUUAUAUCAGUUUCUACUAUCGGCUCUCCUUCUUGAAUUUUGAGCCAUCUGUGCGGUUGAAUUUGCAGAAGGAAGUGGUGAAUGAUAGGAAGGAUGGGAUUGCUGAAACUGAGAAUUUGCAACAGCCCACUAACAAAGUUGCGGAAGAAGAAGCUCUGAAAGAGGAUUUCGAUUCAAACAGAAAAAAAAUUUUGCAAUGGCAACCAACUAAAACUGAUGAGGAAGUACAAAUAGAAGAAUAUCUGACCAACUCUACAGAAUCAGGCAAAGCUUCUUCAAACACAACUCUCUUCUGCGACACAACUCAUGACAGAUACAACGCCUGUCUUCUAACUGGUGAUAUCAGAAUACUAAGCAACUCUUCCAAAAUACUCUUCUUCUCAUCAUCUUCUUCUUCCACAACAAAUACCACAUGGAAAAUAAAACCUUAUCCACGAAAAUGGGAAGCUCCUCUCAUGGAAAGAAUUAAAGAACUCUCCAUAUCUUCAUAUAUAUCACACCCAGAAACAUCCACACCUCUUUGCACCAUCAAUCACAGCACACCAGGUGUCAUAUUCUCCUCAGGUGGCUUCUCAGGCAACUUCUUCCAUGAUUUGAGUGACAUAUUGAUCCCACUGUAUGUCACUUCCCACCACUUCCAUGGUGAAGUCAAAUUUCUUGUAAGUGACUUCAAUUCUAAGUUCAUUUCCAAGUAUCAGUCGAUGCUCACAAGGCUUUCAAGAUAUGAACUUAUCAACCUUGACAAUGACAGCAAUGUGCAUUGUUUUAAUGAAGUUCAAGUAGGUAAGCGCUGGUCUCUUUGUUUGGCUCUUAUACUUGGCUUAUUUAUUACUAAUUUGUAUACAAACACUAUAGGAAAUUCAGGAACUGUAAACAACAAGGAGCUGGGUAUUGACACAACCAAACCACCUUUCGGUUCCUCCAUGGAAAGCUUCAGAGAUCUUCUAAGAUCAUCUUUCUCGCUGAAGAAGAAAAGCAUCACAAAAAACUCGAACAAGAAACCAAAGCUUCUGAUUCAACUAAGGAAAGGGUCGAGAGAGCUAGUUAACAGCAAAGAAGUGAUUUCCAUGGCUAGAAGAUUAGGAUUCAAAGUGAUAGUUUCAGGGCCAGAAGAAACUAAAAAUAUAACAAGUUAUUCUGCAACUGUAAACUCUGUAGAUGCUCUACUUGGCGUUCAUGGCGCUGGUUUAACAAAUAUGGUGUUUCUUCCUGAAAGAGCUGCUAUGAUACAGAUUAUACCAUGGGGAGAUUUGACGUGGGCUUGCAGAUUUUCAUAUGGACAACCAGCCAUUGAUAUGGGAUUGAAGUACUUUGAAUAUGAGAUUAAGAAGGAAGAAAGUACUUUGAUAGAACAAUAUCCAAGUGAUCAUUUAGUGUUUACUAAUCCAGGUGAGAUACAUAAGCAAGGUUGGAAUAUGUUGUGGUAUUAUUUUCUUGAGAAGCAGAAAGUGAAGGUUGAUGUGAAGAGGUUGAGGAGUGUGUUGGCUGAGGUGUUGAUGUAUCUUAAGUAG